AUUCACACAAUAAUACAGGAUACCUGAAGGCACCAUGCAGACUUGACUCCUCCUCGCCGUCGGGUCGGUGCUGAAAUGCCUGCAGACCUGCAGACGCGCGCUGGACGACCCACUGAGCCAACAUGAAUCCGCCUUGCGGAAGAUGCAACAAACCAGUUUAUCCAACAGAAAAAAUCAAUUGCCUGGAUAAGUAUUGGCACAAAGGUUGUUUCAGCUGUGAGGUUUGCAAGAUGGCUCUGAGUAUGACCAACUAUAAAGGCUUUGAGAAGAAACCCUACUGCAGUAUGCAUUAUCCUAAAACGUCCUUCACCAUUGUGACUGACACUCCAGAGAACCUGCGUCUCAAACAGCAGACCAUGCUCAACAGCCAGGCUCUUUACAAGGAGGACUUUGAAAAGAACAAGGGGAAGCUCAGCGUGGUGGUCGACACUCCGGAGAUGCAAAGACUCAAGAAGACUCAAGACCAGAUCAGUAAUAUAAAAUACCAUGAAGAAUUCGAGAAGAGCAAGAUUCGCAGUGAUGCUCCUCCUCCUGAAAACCGACAAGAAAACGAAGCAUCGACCACCGGACAGCCUGCUGAGCAAAUGCGCCCUGCUGCUGUAGCGCCAUCUGGUGGAGGGGGGCGCUACCAGGCCUUGUACAGCUACACGGCAGCAGAAGCUGAUGAAGUUUCUCUGCAGGAAGGAGAUCUGAUCUUAGACGUGGUGCCGAUUGAUGAGGGAUGGAUGUUCGGUUGCAACCAGCGAACGGGGAAGCGGGGGAUGCUCCCAGCCAACUACAUGAGACCCGUUUGAGACAAAAAAGUAAAAACCGAGCUGCCAAAGACACAUUAGGAGGUUUACGUCUUGUCCUGGUGUGUGGAUUCAGAACCUGUUUGCAAAAUAAAAUAAAAUGUUCUUUGUUGGUUCCUCAGUUUUAAAUUGGGAUUUUCACUGUUCUCAAAAAUGUAAAAAAAAAAUAAAAAAUAAAA